UAAAACAUCAUCCUCUUGCUUUCACACAACAAACAAAAAGACACGACAUUGUUAUAAAAUCUCUAGGCAGCAGUAGUACAGACAGCCUUGUACAUGCCAAGGAGAGCGUUUGUGUGGUUCAGCAGUUGGUUAGCUCCCAGGUACACACUCUCCGACCUUCCAUCUUUGAAGUAUCUCUUGAGGGUGUCACUGAAGUUCCGUGAACUUUUUACAAACACUUUCUUGUGUGUGUCCAGCAUCUUCUUGUACUCCCGCAUGCGAGGGUCUCCUUGGUGCUUCUUAGAGACUUCAUUCACCGCAUCCAACACAUCCUUGAUGGCACUCGCAAUGUCCCUAAUGAUCUUGAGAAACUGCGAACGGUCUUGUAUCUGGUCAGGAAUGUGGCUCAGCUUUACCUUUAGGGCUCGUGCCCGUUCAUUCAACAGUACAUACUCCUUCUCGUCCGAGGGGAUGGUGUAGUGGUCCACGUCACGACAGGCUAGCUGCAGGAGAGCCUCGGGUAGGUCGACUCCCGCUCCCUCCGCCUGUAGCACGCCGCCCAGGAACUCCUCGGCCAGUCCAGGAUGACUCCUCUCCGCCUUUGUGAAGGCGUCUCUCAACGUCUGGACGGAAGCCAGCAUAGUCUCUUCUCGCUCCAUCUCUGUGAAGAUGGGCUCCAGAACUGUGUGAAGGGCCAACGAGGCAACGACUUCUUUGGGCUCCAUGAUAGUGUGAGAAUAAACUCGCUGCGGUGACAGUUUUGUUUACGCCGGAUGGACGGGUGGGCUUCAAUUGGAAACAGGUAGGCACUAAUUAGGAGUAAGAAAGCAUGUCGGUAAGGGAAGCGGCAGUUCUGCUGGUUGUGGGGGUCUUUGCUGGCGUUUGGGCCUCAUCCAAGCCUGUUCACAUCACUCUGACAAGCAACUGGACCCGUACACCCAUUCUCCUGGAGGCUAGCGAGUUUCUGUCGGGAGAAGACCCGUUGCUGUUCUGGGAGUUUCUGGAGAAGACAGAGGAUCUGCACUUAGCUGAAACAGAUCGAGAUGUCUACGAAGCAGUCAUGGAUCAAGCAGAGCAGUUGCUGCCUCCUCUGGUCUUCAAUUGUCUCCAACUCUCUCUCUCUCUCCACGCACAAUCUCCUGCUGUCACCAUGUACCAACAGUUGGCUGAAGAGAGGCGGAGCUCGUUGGUGGGCGGAGACUGUCUCCCAUGGGCAGAGCUGGGGGGUAGGGCUUACUGUUCUAUUACCGACUUGACCUCUGACCUUGGACCAGACACGCCCACCUCACAGCCAGAGAUAUACUCAUUCGACCAUGUGUACCCUACUCCGUUGCUGAGUGGUAGCCAGUCGUCCCAGCCGCUGCUGCCAGUGGCUAUUCUCUACUGUCAGUGGGGGACUGAGUCGUGUCUCCACUGGCACCACCAGCUGGCCGGCCUUGCCAGUCUCGGCUCUCUCAGAUAUGUCUUCAGACACCACUUCCAGGUAGGGAGGAGGAGGGAGGGACAGUAUUGUCAGGAUAUGGGGUUCAACUGGCCGUCAAGAACUCAGAGUACAAAGCAGUGGACGACACCAAAGUCGAAGGAGAGGGGGAGGUUGGAGAAGAGGAGGAAGAGGUCGAGUUGGAUAUUCAGGGCUUUUCCUUCCCCACUCUACAGUCUCUACAUGAGGACCUGUCAGAGAAGUUGGAGGAGUUCAGACAACAUCUUCAGCACAGUGCCCGUGAGAUCCCUGACCUCAAGGCCUGGCAGGUUCAAGACCUUGGGUUCCAGGCAGCCCAGCGAGGGUGGCCAGCUCUCCUCCGGACAUGGCACUCAGUGUCCUCAGAGACCUCGUCCAGAACCUCCCCACCAUGACUAGGACACUAUCUCGAGUUGCGGUGAAGAAGGACCUGAGGUCAGAGGUCAUAUCCAAUCAGAGAAAUCUCCAGAAGUAUGGGAUGGAACCAGGAGACAGCGUCGUUCUCUUCAAUGGCAUCGUACUGCAGACUGAGAGCACAGAUACCUUCAGUGUCCUGGAUGUGUUGCUGUCAGAGUCUCAUCUGAUUGGAGGACUGACAGGACUGGGGCUGUCCGUGUCUGAUGCCCAUUCCGUGGUCCAGAUUCCAGUCCACUCUCAGGCCCAGUCGUUUGCAGUCGACAUGAGGAGCCAGUCUGUUGUGUUCAUAAAUGACUUGGAGUCUGAUAAGCACUAUGCUGGCUGGAGCAAGUCUUUAAAGCAGUUCAUGCAGCCUACCUUCCCAGGCUCUCUCAGACAAGUGGCCAGAAAUGUCUUCAAUCUGGUGUUUUGUCUGGACCCGGCCAGCAUGGAGGGGAUAGAGCUACUCGAAUACAUGGCUCUGUUUAUCGAGAAUCAGGUGCCUGUGAGAUUAGGUGUUCUCCUAGUAUCGGGGGAGGGUAACGAAGUGGGUGUGGCUAUAUCCAGAGGGUUCUACUACCUGGUGGAGAACCAUUCAGGCAGAGAAGCUCUCCACUGGCUACUGGAGGUCCACAACAAUUUGACGGUGGAGGCUUUAAAAUUUCUCAUGGAGACUGAGUUUCCUGAUGCUCCAGCUGACAUUUUGGCCGACACUUCAUCUCAGGAGGAAAAGAGAAAGGAAGCAGUGGCCUUCUUUGGAGCGAAAGGACUUCGUUCUCUGCCACGAGUGUUGCUGAAUGGAGUUCAGUUGGACCUGGAGGAGGAGGACCUGGAAGCUGCUAUCGUGAAUCAGUUGCAACAGCAGACGUACCUUCUCCAGAGAUGGAUAUACAUGAAGAAAGUGACAGACUCCACUGAUGUCUACGAGUAUUUCAUGACUCGACCAAACGUCCUCCAGAGACUCAAUCACCACAUUACUGCCACUGACUCCCAUGAACCUUGACCUCUCUGCCGCCCUCCCCGUUCCCAUUCCAGAGCUGUCUCAGUUCCAUUCCCUGGGGUCCCAGACCAUGUCGGCUCUCCUGGCCCACCACAUGACCUACUACACUGGACCUAAAGAUGAGUUUGCCGUGAGGAGUGUAUCUCUGUGGGUGGUGGCUGACCUGGACUCAGAGCAAGGCAGAUUGGCUGCCCACAGUGCCCUCUCUUACCUGGCUGAAAGCUCUGCAGUUCAAGUUGGUUUUCUCCACAAUCCUCUGACUGGUAGUGGUGGCAGUGGUGCUUCAGACCUGGUGAGGAGUGUGGUGGCUGCUGAAUUGAGGGGCUGGGCGACUGUCUCUCUCCUCCUCUCCCUCCUCUCUCCUUCCUCAGACUCUCCACUGACACUGCUGGCUCAGCAAGUCAAUAAGGGUGAGUCAGAGGUUGAGGAGGCAGUGAGUGAUGGAGUGGUGGAGACUGUGAUAGCAGCUCACACUGUCUACUGUCAACGUGUUCUGGGGCUAAGUGGAGGACAGACUGCCAUUCUCACCAAUGGAAGACUGGUAGGUCCACUGGAGGAAGACGAGUCAUUCUCAGAGCAAGACUACUCCAUGUUGGUUCAGCUAGACAACUCCUCUUACGCUCAUGCUAUUGCCGAGGCUGUGGGGGGUGUGGCAGUGGGCGGAGUCUCUCCUGACGAGGACACGUCGGCAUUCCGGAGUCGUCUGGUGCUGAAGGUGUCGUCUCUCCUGCGCAGCCAGCCGCAGCAGAGACGGAUCCCCAGACCCAGUCUCAAUGACAAGCACAGUGUGAUUCACCUGCCGGCCCCCGAGCCGGUCCACCACGUCCUGAUGGCCGUCCUUGACCCCCUCGACCCCAGUGUCCAGAAGUGGGCCCACCUUCUCAAGGUCCUCCGGGUGGUGUCUUCCUGUGACAUCACCGUCUUCCUCAACCCUCAGAACAAGCUCUCUGAGGUCCCUAUCAAGAGUUUCUACCGCUAUGUGUUGGAGCCAGAGCUAUCCUUCACUCCUGAUGGAUCAGUUGCGCCGGGUCCCCGAGCCAUAUUCUCCCAGCUCCCUCACUCUCCUCUCCUCACCCUACACAUGGAUGUCCCUCACGCGUGGCUAGUUGCAGCCCUCCACUCUCCCCAUGAUCUCGACAACAUUCACCUUCAGAGUGUCGAGUCUGGUGUACAGGCAGAGUUCUUAUUAGAGCACAUCCUCGUUGAAGGUCAGCUGUAUGAUGCCAGUAGUAACCAGCCAGUGCCGGGACUGGAGCUAGUGCUCGGCCCGCCCUCUCAGCCCAAUCUCUACGACACCGUGGUGAUGGCCAACCUGGGCUACUUCCAGCUGAAGGCUAGUCCUGGGGCCUGGCAGCUCCAGAUCAGAGAGGGACGCUCCAGAGAUAUCUACACUAUUGCUGGUCAUUCAGGAGACGGACUGUGGGAGAAGGAAGAGGAUCUGGUGUCAGUGACUGUCCGAUCGUUCUCCGGGGAGAUCCACAUUGUGAAGGUGGCCAAGAGGAAGGGGAUGGAGGGAGUGAGGUUACUCUACAGUGAAGAGGGAGAGGGGAAAGAGGAGGAUGCUGGUGGCAUGUGGGCCACCCUCUCCAGUUUAAUGGGAGGAGGAGAGGAGGGCCAGAAAAAGGAGUCUACAUUUGGGAAGAAUGAGACGAUCAACGUUUUCUCCAUCGCAUCUGGCCACCUCUAUGAGAGAUUUCUCAGGAUCAUGAUGCUGAGUGUCCUCAAGCACACCACUCAUCCAGUCAAAUUCUGGUUCCUGGAGAACUAUCUCUCCCCGACCUUCAAGGACUUUAUCCCCGACAUGGCGGAGCACUAUGGGUUCCAGUACCAGCUGGUGCAGUACAAGUGGCCUCGCUGGCUCCACCAGCAGAAGGAGAAACAGAGGCUUAUUUGGGGCUACAAGAUUCUCUUUCUCGACGUACUCUUCCCGCUCUCCGUGAAACACAUCAUAUUUGUCGAUGCCGAUCAGAUUGUGAGAGCAGAUCUGGCUGAGUUACUGGAAGUACCAUUGGAUGGAGCUCCCUAUGGCUACACACCAUUCUGCAAUGACCGUCCUGAGAUGGAGGGAUUUCGAUUCUGGGAGCGAGGCUACUGGAGGAGCCACCUUGGGAACAGACGCUACCACAUCUCGGCCCUGUACGUCGUGGACCUGCUGCGGUUCAGACAGCUGGCUGCAGGGGACAGGCUCCGUGGGCAGUAUCAGGCCCUGUCUCAGGACCCCAACUCCCUGGCCAACCUGGACCAGGACCUCCCCAACAACAUGAUCCACCAGGUCCCCAUCAAGAGCCUCCCCCAGGAGUGGCUCUGGUGCGAGACCUGGUGCAGCGAAUCCAGCAAGUCAGCCGCCAAGACCAUUGACCUGUGCAAUAACCCACUCACCAAAGAGCCCAAAUUGACGCGUGCCAUGAGAAUCCUGCCGGAAUGGAGUGGAUAUGACGGGGAGAUCAGGGACCUGCAGGAGGCCAGAGCCACCACCCCUCCAACCAGGCCAACUGCAUCUCAUCACAAACACUCUGAACUCUAGUACGUGCCUUCCCGGCUUAGCCAUUGGGUUUCAUGAAUCAUAAGAUAUUUCAGUUGGUGA